CUCGGCUGAUGACGUGUACACUCCACUACCGUGAGCUAGCCAGCUAGCUUAGCCACCUGUCAGAAUAAAGGUGUUACAAUUAAAUUCAGGAUAUAAGGUAAAAGGGAAGCAAAGCGUUUCGGUAGAUCAGGCAAAAUGGAGACGCUUUAUCACCAGACAAACAAGCAAAUCCAGGAGGUCCAGUCUCUGAUGGGAAACCUGGAGAAGACAGACCGUCAGUCGGUACACUUGCUAGAGAAUGAACUGCAGGCUAGAAUCGACCAGAUCUUCAACCAUUUAGAACGCCUCGAGAUUCUGGCCAGCAAGGAGCCACCAAACCGCCGCCAGAACGCCAAAUUGCGAGUGGACCAGCUUAAAUAUGACGUUCAGCAUCUCCGGACCGCUCUACAAAAUUUCCAGCACCGACGCUACACCAGAGAGGCCCAGGAGAGAGAGAGGGAGGAGCUCAUGAGCCGUACCUUCACGACCAACGACGCAGAUACCUCCAUCCCCAUAGAUGAGACCCUACAGUUUAACUCCAAUUUGCACAACGCACACAGAGGCAUGGAUGAUCUCCUGGGCAGCGGCAGCAGCAUUCUCAACGGUCUCAGAGAUCAGAGAUCCACACUGAAGGGGACCCAUAAGAAGAUGCUGGACGUGGCCAACAUGUUGGGGCUGUCAAAUACAGUGAUGAGACUGAUAGAGAGGCGAGCCACCCAAGAUAAGUUCAUCAUGAUCGGAGGCAUGCUGCUGACCUGCGUCUUCAUGUUCCUGGUGAUCAGAUACCUGGGCUGACCACCACUGAUGCAUCGAUCACUUGUGGACAUUUCUGCAGCACAUCGUCCCUCAUGAUAUGAAUAGUGGCAAAGCUGAAUUUUUAACAUCAGAUUAAAGUCAUUUUUAUAAAUUGUGCCAUUAUAGUUUGAAUUCUAACAUUCUAAUAUUUUGGCACUGGCCAAAUGGUAAGUUUGGAGAAGACCUUAAUUACAGUGUUAUUCCACUUGAAGCUCCAAGAGGGCAUUGAACUUUCUGCUGCUUUCCUCAGAUUACUGCCACACACCCAUAAUCUUUUUCUUUUUUUUUUUCAAAAUCAAAACCACUCUGAAAUCACUCUUGUGACUGUACCCAAAUAGCUUCUUAAAAAUACUUCAACCAGAUAUUUAUACUCUGCUUGCUCUUGUCUCGUCUAGUGAAAAGCUAUGUUUUGUUUUGUUCCUUCAUCUGUCACUAACAUUGUCAGUGUCAUUCUGCCUCGUUAAGCAUGGUUCAAUAGAGAAUUAGAAAUAUUUGUGUGAAAAAGCUUAUUUCUUUACAGUUCAACUGCUCCCUGGAGUAUCUUUUGUUUUUAUGUGUUCUCAGUUGCUCACUCACUACUGCAGUCUAACAGUCCUGAAAUAAACCCUCCCUUCAUGAAGGUUAUAAUGUUCACUUUUUGUUGAAAUUAUUUUUAAGGGGUGUUGAUUCAACUUUCAUCAUCAUUUAUUAGGAUGUAGUUUGUGGUGCUGUUUAACAUUGCACAGAGAGGUUUGUAUGUUCAUGUUAUUUAGCCCAUUCUCAUUGAUAUAUAAGGGAGCUGAAUAAAAUAAUAGACACCUCUAGACACCACAAACUGCAGCCUACAAAAUGAUCGUCCAGCUGAUUCGACACCUCUCAAAACAGCAAAAACAGAACAUCAUAACCUUCGUGAAAGCAGGAUUUCAUGCAGUUAGGCCAGCUAUGUGUUCCUAAUAAACUGGCAACUGAGCAUAUUUGUAGCUAAGAUGGCAACAAAGAUCUGUUGAGAAAAGCAGUAAUUGUAAUACACUUUCUCUUGGAUUUAUUCUUGGGUCUAGUCUCACUAUGUGAGUGACUUAAUUCUCUUAAUAGAAUAAAACAUGUUUCAUUUC